AUUGGACAACGCACAUUUCGUCGAUGGCGACUAAAAAUAGCAUAUCUUAUAUCAUCGUCAUUCUCCUCAGAGACCCCUUUGUUCUUUUGCCUAAUGAAACUACAUUUCUUUCAUGAAAAGCUUAUCCACCCUCCUCUGGAUAUUCACAUUUCUCUGUAUCUAUAUCGUUCUACUUCUUUUUUCAGAGAACUUAAUUGAUCUCAAAAGUUAGGAAGUUUUUUUUGGCUGUUUUUGGGAAUGGGUGAGUUUCAGGAAAGAUUUUCUGGCUUUUUUAAUAACAGAUGGCUGGUUUUUGUGGCUGCAAUGUGGAUACAAUCGUGUGCUGGUGUUGGGUAUUUGUUUGGGAGCAUAUCGCCAGUUAUAAAGAGCUCGUUGAACUAUAAUCAGAGGCAGCUGGCUAGUUUGGGUGUGGCUAAGGAUCUUGGGGACAGUGUUGGAUUCUUGGCUGGGAGUUUGUCUGAAAUCUUGCCUUUGUGGGGUGCUUUGUUGGUUGGUGCUUUGCAGAAUCUUGUUGGAUAUGGAUGGGUUUGGCUUGUUGUUACUGGUAGAUCUCCUGUUUUGCCUUUGUGGGCUAUGUGUAUUCUUAUAUUUGUUGGGAACAAUGGUGAAACCUACUUCAAUACAGUUUCUCUGGUUUCUUGUGUACAAAACUUUCCCAAAAGCAGGGGUCCUGUGGUGGGAAUACUCAAAGGCUUUGCUGGUUUAAGUGGUGCAAUUUUGACCCAAAUAUAUACAAUGAUCCAUUCUCCUAACCAUGCAUCUCUCAUUUUCAUGGUUGCAGUAGGGCCAGCAAUGGUAGUCAUUGCUCUAAUGUUCAUUGUAAGACCUGUUGGAGGUCACAGACAAAGUAGAACAUCCGAUGGCUCGAGUUUUACAUUUAUAUAUAGUGUGUGCCUUCUAUUGGCUGCUUAUUUGAUGGGGAUCAUGCUUCUUGAAGAUCUACUUGAUUUGAGCCACACUGUUAUCAUAAUUUUUACAGUGGUUCUGUUUGUCCUCAUUUUGCUUCCCAUUGUGAUUCCUAUUUCAUUGAGUCUUCUCCAAGAACCAAGAGAUCCAGCAGAAGAGACUCUUUUACCUGAGCCACAGAAACAAGACGCUGGGAAAUCUGAACCUUGUGUGCCUGAGGUAAUAUUCAGUGAGUUGGAGGAUGAGAAGCCUAAAGAAGUAGACAUGCUUCCAGCAUCAGAGAGGCAAAAGCGAAUUGCACAGUUGCAGGCAAAACUAUUCCAAGCAGCUGCGGAAGGAGCAGUGAGGGUCAGAAGGAGAAGAGGUCCACAUAGAGGCGAGGAUUUCACCUUGAUGCAGGCAUUAAUCAAGGCAGAUUUUUGGCUUAUUUUUUUCUCACUUUUAUUGGGCUCUGGAUCUGGAUUGACUGUGAUUGAUAACCUGGGUCAAAUGAGCCAGUCUUUAGGGUAUGAUAAUACACAUAUAUUUGUAUCCAUGAUUAGCAUCUGGAACUUUCUUGGCCGUGUUGGAGGGGGUUACUUUUCUGAGAUUAUUGUGAGGGACUACGCUUAUCCAAGGCCGGUGGCGAUGGCCAUUGCACAACUUGUUAUGGCUGUUGGACAUGUAUUCUUUGCUUUUGGGUGGCCUGGUGCAAUGUACAUUGGUACUUUACUGAUUGGCUUAGGCUAUGGAGCUCAUUGGGCAAUCGUGCCAGCCGCUGCAUCGGAGUUGUUUGGGUUGAAAAAGUUUGGGGCCUUGUACAAUUUCCUCACUCUAGCAAAUCCUGCAGGUUCUCUUGUCUUCUCUGGUCUAAUUGCAAGCAGCAUUUACGACCGAGAAGCUGAAAGGCAAGCUCAUGAACACUAUCACCACAAGUGGAAUGCAGGAUCAGCCUUUCCUGGGUUUCGUAUGGAUGAACCACUGAAAUGUGAAGGUGCUGUGUGCUACUUCCUUACUUCCAUGAUUAUGUCAGGUUUUUGCAUUAUUGCAGUUGUGUUGAGUAUGAUUCUUGUGCAUCGGACUAAGAUUGUCUAUGCAAACCUCUAUGGAAAAUCACGUACCUGAUUUUGGGAAGAAAACUAGACCAGUCUCUUAUAACUAUGACUACUACAUCCAUUUUGCGAAAAUAUUCAUAUUUUUCUAGGAAGACAAAGACAGCAAAGUCAAGCAUACUCCAGAGAAACUCAUCAUGUUAAGUCUCUGAGUUUUUUUACUGCUUAUCUACAAGAUUUUUACCCUGUGUGCAGCCAUUUAGUCACAGAAAAUUAUGUUUUGCAAUGAUGAAAGGUAUGUAUAAUUUAUUUGUUAUACUUGAAGAAUCUACUGAUGAUUUUGCUUCAUUCUUC